CCGCACGGUUUCGUUUUUUCGAAGAAAAGUCGUUGAAAAUCAUUAAAUUUAGCGAAUAAUUAUUCAAACUAUUGCUAUUGAAAAACUCACGCAAUGAGUAACAUUUACAUACAAGAGCCACCGACGUCAGGGAAGGUGCUGCUGAAAACCACCGUCGGCGACAUCGAUAUCGAGCUGUGGUCCCGCGAGUGUCCGCUAGCAUGCCGGAACUUCAUUCAGCUGUGCAUGGAAGGCUACUACAAUGGGACGUUGUUCCACCGGGUGGUGCGCGGAUUCAUCGUGCAAGGUGGUGACCCAAAUGGGGACGGUAGUGGCGGAGAAUCGAUAUACGGUCACCCGUUCCGGGAUGAGUUCCAUUCGCGGUUGCGGUUCAUGCGGCGUGGAUUGGUUGCCAUGGCCAACGCCGGGAAGAAUGAUAACGGGUCGCAGUUCUUCUUCACGAUGGGAGCCACACCGGAACUGCAGAAUAUGCACACGCUGUUCGGGAAGGUGGCCGGCGAUACGAUUUACAAUAUGCUGAAGCUGGAAGAGGGGGAAGUGUACGAGAACGAGCGGCCACAUUUUCCGCACAAGAUCAUCAAGGCGGAGAUUUUGAGCAACCCGUUUCCGGACAUUGUUCCGCGGGUGCUGAAGGCGAAGAAGUCAGGGGAAGAGAAGCAAAAGAAAAAGAAAGAGAAGGGAGUGAAGAACUUUGGGCUGCUGUCGUUCGGGGAUGAGGCCGAAGAGGAGGAACAGGAAACGGCGGAAUUUGUGCAGCGGAACUUUGCGGGGAAGGGCAAGAGUUCGCAUGAUGUGUUGGACGAUCCACGGUUGAGCAAGCAGGUGGCGGAGGUGAAGGAAAGCGAGCGGAGCAAGAGCCGGAAGGAUUCGAGCUCGGAAGAGGAAGAAUCGAAGCCUGGGGGAUCUGGUCGGAAUAAGGAAGCCGUUGCACAGGAAGCCAAGAGCGUCAGGGACAAGCUGAAGAAGAGAAGUAAAGAAGAACCCAAACCUCCGUCGUCAUCUGACUCAGAUUCAGAUUUUGGACUUGAAAGCGAAAGGAAGAAGGUGAAACAAGAACAAGCAGCGAAAAUUAGAGAAGAAAUUAGUAAGCUCAAGAAAGACUAUCAGUCAGACAAGAAAAAAGAACGACAACAGGAAGAAACGGUUGAAAAGAAGAAAGAAGUCAAGAAUGAAGUUAUGAAGGAAUUCCUCUCCGUUCAAGAACAAUAUUCCGAGAAGAAGAAACAGGUGCCGAAGAAGGGCACUUCAAGGGAAAAUUUCACUCUUCAGUUGUUGGAAAAGUUUAAAAACAAAUUGCACAACAUCAAAGACACGGCCGCCGAGGAAGAGGAAGCCAGUGGGAGCAGAGAGGAAACCAACGAGGAAGAAGACAUCAAGACCGACAAUUGGCUAUCUCACCGGCUGCAGUUCGAGAAGAAUGAUCCCAUUCUGGCGAAGGAUGCCGCAACAAAGGACGACGAUUGGUACGAUGUGUACGAUCCGAGAAAUCCACUCAAUAAGCGAAAACGUGGCGAAAAGAUCGAACGGAAGGACAAGCCCAAGAAGUGAGACAGGUAAGUGCUAUUUUUGUAUGUUAAUUUAUUCCACUCUUAUCUACGUGUAUGACAGAAAAGAUACUUAUGCUAAAUCGUUCGAAAA